AAACGUAAGUUACGCUUCAAAUAGAAUGUAGUUUAUUUUGGUAAUUUCAGGUUAUAAACCCCCAUAAUACUCCAAUGGGUAUUUGGUUCUGUGAUAAGCUAUAUACCCGAGUGCUGUUAACAUUUCAACGACUGGCUAUAUUGGAAAUGUAUAGGCUAUAAAAGGAGAGCCGAGUUUUAUUAUUUCUUCUUUGCGUCCGUUAUUUCUCGAGUAGUACCAGGAAAUUGACUGUGUUCAUCUGAAAAUCGUUAACCAAUAGUGGUGCGGUCUCUCCCCCGUGUGGAAAGAAAUGGGAACGUGGAGGCUCCGCUAUCGUUAGGCUUUCCCUUGCAGCGCAUUGUGUGCACGAGACUUCUAAAACUUGUCUUCAAAAUGCAAAAGUCUCUAUAGUGUCGUCCCAUGUGAAUACUCGGUACAUGCUUUAUCGCUAUAAUCACAGCCUGCCAAUUCGCAUUGAUUGUGUUAUGACAAGAAUACGUCAAUAUGUAGCCUACGAUAGCGUCAGCAAUGAAAAUGUGGAUUUAUCUACACCAAGGCUAGAGAAUUGAAGAAUUGAAGCAGAAAAGUCGCGUAGCCAGUAAACUGUCAGUAUUGUCACUCUUGAGCUGCUCCGUCACGAAACCUGCAUCUUCUGAAAGAGCGGAGCGUGCCGGUGACUCAGAUGGGGACGCCGCCUGUGGUUCCAGGCGUAAGACUCAGUUUUCCAGCCAGCAUCUGAACAGACAACAAACAAGAGCAGGAGUCCCUACAGAUGGAGCUGUAAGAAUCGUCCGCAAUCAUUCUGGAGAAGAGUAGCCUACUUACUGCUCGCGCUGCCUGUGGGAAAGGAAAGCAUCCUGGACUUUUUUAAACAAUUGCGCAGAUAGAGACGAGACGGGACUGAAGGAUAUACUUUGAAUACUUCUUAAAUUCUGGAUUUACAAACACGUGAGUUUCUCAGAAGCGGCUCUACCUUGCAUUCAGCCCUGAGGAUCAACACUACAUAGAAAACAAGAGAAUGCCACUUGUUUUGGAGAAAACAGUAGAAAAGAAAAGAAUUUUCCUCGCCCCGGGAUAAAAUCAUUUUAUAUGUGCAUAGCUCACAAGAAUAGGGACAAACUGGACAUCUGCACGAAGGUAUCUGGAAGAAUCUAACGGGCUUCAAAAGCAGGUCAACAGGGAAGGAAGGAAAACACACGUACCAGCAGGACAGCGCACAACUAAAGAGUCACAAGGGGAGCACAACGCUGUGAAUUCUCAAGGCACCCCGCUGUCAGGCCGCAUUUCAGGUCAAAGAUGACACUAUUAAGUAUAAAACACUUCCUGUGGAUAUUUUAUGUGUGCUGUGCAGUUGCUGAACAUGAGCCCAUCUGGCAGAUGAAGGUGGAGAAGAGUCCCCCGGUCAGCAGCUCUCUUGCAGGAAAAGCGGUGCUGACCUGCCACUUCUCGACCAUGCCGACCGCGGUCCCCACCCUCAGCUCCACCUCGGCCGAAACCACCACCACUGCCAGCCCCGCCCCCACCACCACCUCGGCAGACCACCUCCGCAUCAAGUGGACCAAGUUGGAGGAUGACAUUGAGAGCACGGUGCUGGUGGCCCAGAAUGGGGUGAUCAAGAUCGGGCCGGCCUACCAGGGCAGGGUGUCUGUGCCCAGCCAUCCGGAGGAUGUGGGCGAUGCCUCUCUCACCAUGGUCAGACUCCGGGCCAGCGACGCAGGGCUAUACCGCUGUGAGGUCAUGUACGGCAUCGAGGACACCCAGGAUACCGUCUCUCUGGAUGUCACUGGUGUCGUUUUUCAUUACCGGGCUCGCAGCAGUCGAUACACACUGGACUUCAGCGAAGCCGUUAAAGCCUGUCGCCAGAUCGGGGCCUCCAUCGCCACGGCGGGCCAGCUGAGGUCUGCUUUUGAGGACGGGUUCGACCAGUGCGAUGCUGGCUGGAUUGCGGACCAGACUGUUAGAUACCCUAUCACGAGGCCCAGGGCUGGUUGCCAUGGAGACCAAUAUGGAAGGCCUGGCGUCAGAACGUAUGGACUCCGAGACCCCAGCGAGAAAUAUGAUGUGUACUGUUAUGUGGACAAACUGCAUGGUGAGGUUUACUUCUCAGCCUCUAAGAUGACCUUGGAGGAGGCCAGGCAGGACUGUGAAAACAGGGGGUACGUGCUGGCUUCCCCCGGCCACCUCCAUGCAGCCUGGAGGAAGGGCCUGGACCGCUGCGACUACGGCUGGCUCUCAGACGGCAGCGCCCGCUACCCCAUCUCUGUGCCCCGGACCCAGUGCGGCGGGGGGCUGCUGGGAGUCAGGACCCUCUACCGGUACCAGAACCAGACCGGCUUUCCCCAGCCCACCGAGAAGUUUGGGGCCUUCUGUUUCAACGGUCAAGACCCUGUCACCCCAGAGCCAGUUACCACGGUGUCUCCCAAGUUGGCUGGCUCGGGCAAAACAGAGCCCCCCAUGGCUCCAAUUCCUGUCGGCACAACAUCCAUGGCGGAGGCUCCCUCCAUGUUCUCUACGAGCAUGGCUGCCCCAUGGGAAAGAGGGUCCCUUGGGUUGGUCACCUUUCCCCCUGAACCUGCCGUCACCACACAUGAAUUUGAUGUGGACGACUUCAUCAGUGAGAGCCACAGCCAAGUAGAGUCCGUUCCUCGGGGUGACAGGCUGUACCCGGAGAUUCUGCCUCCACUGCCCACAAUGAGGAGUGCGCCACCCUAUCUGGACAUUGCCACAGAGGAAGUCAGGGUGAAGUCAACAACGGCUUCCCCUAGAGCACGGGAGGACCAGGAGGGCUCGGCAGUGGAGCGUCCCGUGGAUGCCAGCGGGUUCAGCCCAGAAACACCUGUAGACGAAACUCCUGCCCCUACGGCAGCUACGCAGACUGUUGCCAGGCCAACAGCCGGGGACAGAGCAGGAAAGACCACAGAAGAAGAAGGAAGCUCAGGGAGUCCUGACUCAGAGCCAAAAUCAGAAGAAAAGGAAACGAAGAAAGAGCUGUCUUCCUCGCACCAUGACUUGAGGAAACCGGCGAUUGUUUACAAGGAAGAUAAGGAGGGCUCUGCAGACAGUGACGUGUCUAAAGACACCACCGAGGUAGUCAUCAUUGAGGAGUCUACCACGAGGGUGCCCGGGCUGCGUGAGGAGGCCUCCAGGGAUAAGGACACCAAGGCUGAGGUUGAUGCAGAGUACCUUACACCAUCCACAGUGUCUCACACCAUGGACAAGCCAUUGGACACCCAGGACGUGGCCAUCCCCACCAAGCUUCCAUUCCAUAUUCUUUUUGUCAACGCUGAAGAAACAAAUCAAUCAGUCGAUCCCAUUUUGCGGUUCUUAGGAGAGGGAGCCCGCAUUGAUUCUCCAGACCAACCACACCCAGCAGUUGUUGGUGAACUCCCGUUGGGUAGUGGGGACAAUGAUCUCUUUCCUUCUCCUUUGGCCACCAUUGUCCCAACCCUGAGCUUUAUUAAUGGGAAACAUGAGUUGACUCUGGAACCAGAUCACCUAGGGGUUCAAGAAGCCAGAGGAGAUCAAUUUGAGAGUGUGUCUCCCUCUGAGAAUGAGGUACCCCAGUAUGAAGGACCUGGAGACUUCUCACAGGAAACAACAACCUCAUUUGACUACUCCGUCGUUGAAGCUGGCAGCGACUCUAUAGGAGCAGAUAAGUUUGUUGAGUCGACUCCUCCCCAGCAUCCCUUGGAGAAGGAAGAAUCAUCAGGUGAGGAGCCUAAAAUAAAGACGACUACAUCAACCCAUGCUCCCGCAACAGUUGGACCGAGCACACCAAUAGGUGCGACACCGGGAAAAGAUUCCUCUCUGGCAGAAAAGGAUAGUCCCAAAGAGUUAUCCCCAGAUGGCCCAACACACAGAACCCCCUUGGAUGAAGAUAUGGAAGGAUCUACUGGUCCAGAAGGCUCAGGGCCUGAAGGUUCAGUUGUGCCCACAACUGAAGCUUUCAGCCAAAUGUCGGUGGCAACAGAUGAGGCGGAAAUAGCAGAGCUAGGGAAAGACUCAGAGGGUGUGAGUAUAGAUUUUACCACAAAAUCCCCUUUGAAACUUGUCUCCGUUAGUACUAGUGUUCUUACUGCAGACACCAGUCCGCAACCAGAAACUUCAGAGGACUUUGAAGGGUCGACUUCAGCCGAAGAGGAAGGCUCCACAUCAGAACCGUUUCCACCAACCUCUGUUGACAAAGCCUCUAAGGAUGAUGUGCGGAAAGCUGUGUCACCUCUGGAAGUCCCAAGCACUGUUGAGAAUGGUAUUGAUUUUACAGAAGGAGAGGAGACUUCAGGUGAUCAAACUGCUGAGAAGCUUCCCAAGGAGGCUUCAGUGACAAAAUCACCUGUUUUGCUAGACACAAAGGUGGAAUCCACUGCACCUUCAGUACAGUUGAAGAUUGAUGGUACCACUCAAGAAACACUGGGCACAGAGGAGAGUUCAGGAGACAUAAUUGAUACUAAAAUGUCCCAGCCAUCAAUUCCUGUUGUGAUACCAACUCCAACAAGCAGCUAUGUUAAAUCUGGUUUAGAAGAAAAGUUAGACGAGGAAAAGCAAGAUGAGGAAAAGCCUGUCAUCGACGUUGAUACCUCUUCAGUGGUUGAGUCUUCCCCGUCGCCUUUUCCCAUCCUAACCGAGGAAGCAGUGGGCAUGGCUGUUGUGACCAUCACCCCAAAAACCCCGUCUGAAAAGGCCCAGGACACAGACGGAUCCAGUGAAGACUUAACUCCUGACUCCAAGCAAGUUGUGUCAAAAUCUACCACAGCCCAACCAACAACUACUUCUAGCUCUGUGUCGUCAGAGGAAUUUUCUGGAGACAGCGUCAAGGCUUUGACUGCUGCCCAGCCUGAAGUGGUAGUUUAUGUAGGGACCACUAUCAUCCCAAAGCCUGCAACAACACCUAAAGAGUCUUUCCAGCAAGUGAUGUCAGAGGUCACUUCAACACAUCUUCCAUUUGCUGAUAAGGUUCUUGAGGAAACUGGGCCUACAACCACAAAGCCUGAAUCAAAAUCAGACUCCAGUUCUCAGGAGCAGGGACCUCAGCCAUCUCCAGGCACAGAAGUAGUCAAAUUGCAGUCUUCCAGCUCUGAAAGCUCCUCAGGGGAAGAGGAGGAGGGAAAAGAGAAAUCCCUAUUAGAGGCUACUACCUCCAGCACCACAGUGGCAUCUACCACAGCUUCGGAGGAAUAUGAAGUAGUAGACUAUGAUAGCGUUGCAGGCCCUCCAUUGCUUGAGGUUGGGCCUCCUAAUGGAAUGGAAACCACCGUGGAACCUGAGACAGGAACAGACCUUGGAUACACCAUUGAGGGUCAGACUGUUGACAUCCCAGGUGUUCAGUCUUGCACUGAGAACGUGUGCCUGAAUGGAGGUUCUUGCUAUAAGAGGGGAGAAUCCUAUAUCUGUGCAUGUGCCCCUGGCUACAGCGGGGUGCACUGUGAAACAGAUAUUGACGAGUGCCAGUCCAACCCCUGUCGAAAUGGCGCCACCUGCAUAGAUGGAAUAAACUCUUUCUCAUGCGUCUGCCUUCCAAGCUAUGCAGGAGCACUCUGUGAACAUGACACAGAGACCUGUGACUAUGGGUGGCACAAGUUCCAGGGUCACUGCUACAAGUACCUCACCCACCGCCGGACGUGGGACGCCGCAGAGAGGGAGUGUCGCCUGCAGGGGGCGCACCUGGCCAGCGUUCUUUCGCAUGAGGAGCAGCUCUUUGUCAACCGCUUGGGACAUGACUACCAGUGGAUUGGUCUGAAUGACAAGAUGUUUGAGAAUGAUUUCCGCUGGACAGAUGGUCGUCCCAUGCAAUAUGAGAACUGGAGACCCAGCCAGCCGGACAGCUUCUUCUCCACAGGCGAGGACUGUGUGGUGAUGAUCUGGCAUGAGGGCGGGCAAUGGAAUGAUGUGCCCUGUAACUACCACCUGACCUUCACCUGCAAGAAGGGCACAGUUGCUUGCGGUCAGCCUCCGGUCGUGCAGAAUGCCCGUAUCUUCGGAAACAUGAGGCCUCGUUAUGAGAUCAACUCUCUGGUGCGUUACCACUGCAAGGACGGCUUCAUCCAGAGACACGUGCCCACCAUCCGCUGCCGUGGUGACGGCCAAUGGGACCAGCCCAAAAUCACCUGCAUUAGCCCUUCCACCUACCAAAGGACAUAUGCACAGAAAUCUCAAAACAACAACUACAACAACACCAAGAGGAGAUUUGACGAGUCAGCCCGACAUGUCCACCGCUGGGCCCUUAGACAAGAAAAACAUGACCACUGAUCCCUUCGAGUAUCCCAUGGCACAAGCGUGGAAUAUGCUUUUUUGUGACAGACAGCUGAAAAAUAACAAGCAAUAUCAGGUGCCUUUCGAAUGUUUCACAACAAUUUCCGCCAUUUUGUUUUUCUUAAAGAGACUUAUCUAAGGACAACCAAAGGGACUCGGUCAGCUGGCCCUGAAAAAUCUGUGUCUGUCUGCCAUUGGUUGACUCGCGAAGUCCCUUUGCUGGAUAAUUUUUAUGUACUUUUAUUUUCCUCCUCUUUGUUUUUAACAGGAAUUACUUAUGAUCUCAUGUCUCCUAUCUAUGACUCCUAUUCAUGUUGGAGCUGAUCAUUUCAAACCUACAUUGUGAAACAAAAUGCCCGGACAGUUAUUGAAGGGGAAAAGAGUCAAGGCAAUAGCAACAUACUGUAUGUAAAUAGGCAACAGUGCAAGGCUCAAAUAAUUUAAAUAAUCAGUACAUCGCAUUAAAACAAUUUAAAACUGUUAAGACUUUCUCCUUCAGAGAGUCUGAUUACAGCUCCAUAAGGGGCUCAAACGUCCAGAGCUAGACAAGCAUAGAAUUUACAACAAAAACAAAUAAUGUGACAGCCGCAAAGCAAGGUUUUAUCUAAAAUAUCAAAUGUCAGUGUUAGAUGUACAAAUAAAUCACAGAUCGUGCACAAGCUUCUGUGAUGUGACAUUUUAAGUUUUCAAACAAGGGUCACGCUUCCUGCAGAAAUCCGCAGAUUAUAUACUGUGUAGGGAAAACUGUGAUCUGUACUGACUAUGCAAAAGAGCAAGCCAAGAGGACUGCAUAUCUGCCCCAAUCAGAUUUCAAAUUUCUGGCGCACAAGAUAUGGGAGGGGCUUUUUUGAACUGCAUUAUGAACCACACAUACAAAAUAUAAGUAAAUAUAUGAAUCUACAUUUUAAAUUGUUUUCUUAUAGAAUUUAUAAUAAGUUAAUAAUUGGGUUCAUGUUUGUGUAUAUAACCAUUUUAAUAUGUUUGUUUCAUGUGUGGUAUGAUAAAAAAAAAGCUGCCAGAAAACUUUGUUUGAAUGUUAGUGCCUGACUGUUGCUUCCAGGGAACUUCCUACUAUGACGUUAGCAAUUAAAGUGAAACCAUAGAGAUUCAGCUUAUUGGAUAUUCUACACAAGGGUAAGGGGAAUUUUUUAUAAAGAUAAUAUAAAUUUUUAUUAACAUCCACUAUUUGCUUCUGAAUUUUAUUUUUUAUUUAACCUUUAUUUACCCGGGGUAGGUUCGCUGAGCACGGAUGCUCUUUUGCGGGAACGCCCUGCUUCACACUCAUACACAUUCAGACCUGCGAGCUGCCCAGUACAACCCACAAUCCUCUAUUGUUGGCCACUGAGCAGCUCCACUGGAGGGAGAGGACAUUUUUUUAGCCAAUUGAAUUAGGGGAUGAUUAGGUGGCAAGUUUUUGUGAGAGCCAGAUCUGGGAUUUUAGCCAGGACACCGGGGAACCCCCAACACAUUGCGAUAAGUGUCAUGGGAUCUUUAAUGACCACAGUGAGUCAGGACCUCGGUUUAUCAUCUCAUCCGAAAGAUGGCAUCUCCUACAGCACAGUGUCCCCGUCACUGCACUGGGGCAUUGGGGUUUAUUUGACCAGAGGGAAGAUUGCCCCCUGCUGGCCCACCAACUUAGUAUUCCCUGGUGGUCUCCUAUCCAAGUACUAACCAAGCCUACACUUGCUUAGCUUCAGCCAGUCGGCAGGAGCAGAUUGCGUGGUGGUAUGGCUGCUGGUGAAUUCCUUGCUAUGUUAAUAGAAAACUGCUAUUUCGCCUUCAUAUUUAAAAGUGACUUUGCUUUGCCAAUAACCAAGGGUCUUAAUGUGUGAAAGCUGCUCAGGCUGUAUUUACACUUUUUAUUUUAUGACAAUGUAUUAAAACCAUGAUUAAUAGAAUGUACUAUGUGGAAAAAAAACUCAGAGAGACUUGAACAAUUGCUUUUGAUGAGAGCUGCAAAUAAUUUAUUUUAACACUUUUUCACAUGUCUAGGUAUCUUGGAGAAGCAAUCAUAUAUAUACAUGGCACAUUUUUGAUAGAGAUGCAGAAAUAUAUUUAUGCAGUACAGGUGAUUGGUGAAAACACAAGGCCUCAUUACAGUUUAUCCUAAAUGUGAUUGUUUUUUAAUUAGAAUGAUGAAUCAAAAUAUGCCCUGCACUUUUUAUUCUAAAGUGAUGCCUUUCAUCAGUUGUGCCAGGCUUGAUGCUAUGGAAGUGCUGAAUAAUGGUACUAUUUUUACAGUAGAAAAGCAUGUUGAGGAUAGACUUGAACUGAGGCCAAAAUGCCAUUGUAAUAAAGAUGGUGCUGUCACAUUCAUUCAUAAAGAUGUAGAUGAUGUAGUCUGGGCUUAGUUUGGAAACCAAAGCCCCAAACUCACUGUGUCCAUCAGUAAACCAUCUGUGGCUCAACACUGAAACCUUUUUAUAAACUUGUGUUGCUCAAGGGAUUCAAGCCGAUUCAUUUGUCUCGUCCCCACCAGCAAUGUCCUUAAUUAAACCUGUUUGUUUGUUUCUUUUAUUUUCUUCUUUUUUGUCUUGUGUUUUAUCAUUAAAAUGCACAUGUAUUUGUAUUUAUAUCAUAACUUUAUUGUAUAAUGUGAAUGUCUGGGAUGUUUGUGAAUUAUGCUUUGUAAAGACUUUUACCUUUUUGUACAUGCUCUAUGUCACCAAAGAAGGCCACCCAUUUUAAUACAUUAUUUUGUGUCUA